ACGGGGCGUCUCAAAGAUUCAUGUGAAGUACUGACGCCUGUUCGUGUGCGAUCGCUGUUUGACCUGGACCUAUGGUCUUCGGACAUCUAUCGAGCUAUUCCAAGCCAACCGGUCGCGGAUUAACCGCUAGCCUCGCGAGACCCUUAAACAUCAGUUCGAGGAAGAUCUCGAUCUCAUCAUAGCAUCGCAUCGGCAAGGCAGGAUUGAGCGUGCUAGACCAGCUAUACCAGUACCGAGCAAUAUCGUCUAUACGGGACUCAAGUGACUUACGUUUCGGCCGCCGACCCGUCUGCACCCCCUGAUGCGGUGCUAUUGUUCUUGAACGGGGGAGAUUCCAACAAAUCCCCUGUUGCUUCCCGGCUCAUAAUACUUGAUCGAUCCAUCCGCCAUGGCUCUAAACGCAAGACGGUCGCCAAAACCGGUCGAGACCGUACCCAUCUCGAUAAAUGUACAAGAUCAACAACAAGAGGUCCGGGUUGGCAUCACCGAGAGCGAGAGCAAGAGGUCCGAAUCAGGAGAAGGAUUUGAGAUCCUAGACGAUACGGAGAUAGCAGAAGUAAAAGGCCUCGGAUUCGAGGACGAGAGCGGUGGCUCGAUGGCCCGCAGAAACUCGCCUUCACUACAUCCGUCACGCAAUUCGUCGUACGGAUCGCUUGGUCUGAGACCGGGAUCAGGAAGAGCUUCCCCUAGCGGUCUGCAUUCCCGCUCUCCAUCGUCAUCACCUCGACCGGAACAUCGACGCAAAUCGUCGAUUAGUAGCUUGAUUGCAGGAGCUCUCAUUCCGAGAGAAAAGAGUCCAGCUCCGAAAGAGGAGGUUACAGAACCCGAGGCGAAGGGCACGGGCACAUCGCGGAAGAAGGAAAAGACCAUACCUCCGCCUGUAGCAUCCAAACCGGGUUGGCUGAAGAGGACAGCCUCAGCGGGAAAGAUCAUGAUAACUGGAGGAAGCCCGAAAGAGAGCUCUCCUGCAGGAUCGCCCUUGGCAACACAAGCACCUUCGCUUCCUCCGCGAAAAGCUGCCAAUUCUCUCUUAAAUACCAACAAAAAAACCGAUCGGGAACAGGUCACGACUACAGGUGCUCCGGUCUUGCCUAAACGCCACUCUCCCUCAGCAUCCAUAUCAAUACCAUCAGGCAAACCCUCUAACAAUCUGGACCAUCGCGCCUCCCUCGCUGUUGAUUUAGGGGGCGCUCAUUCGCAAGCUGGUGGGAGGGUCAACCUUAAGACCGCGACGAGUUUCGAAGACAGUCUAUUGCCUCCCCCGAGUCGCUCUUCCGUCCACCUUCCUACACCAAGCGAUCCUCUCCGCGGCCAUCAUUCGCUCGAUGCUCCUCGGACACUCUCGCAAAUCGGCGCCAAUGGACUGACGACCGUAAAUCCUACCGGGCUGGCAUCAGGGCUUCGAACGGGUUUCGGUGCUGUAAAUCGCAGGAUCGGAGCCUGGUCACAAGAGACCGGCGCAGCCAGCAACACUAAAGGGUACUUGCAAGCUGGGGGUGGGGUUAUAGGAUCUGCGGUAUCGUCUGGUUGGUCCGCCUUCCGUAAUUCGAAAUCGAGCGCCCCACCAUCAAGCAUGUCCUCGGGUAUUGGUUCUUCGACCGGUCGAAGCGGGUCCAGUAUGUCCCUCGCGACCAACGGCGGUAAAGGAGCGCUAAACCUGAAUGGGAUGGACGGCCCAACAAUCGAAGCUUCGUUGUUCAAGAGGCAAGCACCUGUCCCAGGGGUCAAGGGGGAGGUCUUUGGGCGAGAUCUUCGGGAGGCUGCGCUCAAAUGGCCGAUAAUGGACUCGAGUCUGCAAGCAGAAUCUUCGACAACAGGGAGGAAACGACGGAUAGCAAGUCUUCCUGCUGUUGCGCUCCGUUGUGUUGAUCAUCUAUGCAUAUGGGCACCACAGGAAGAGGGUAUAUUCCGUAUAUCCGGGAGAAGCAGUCACAUUGCCCUGAUACGAAAACAUUUCGAUGCUGGCGCGGACGUGGAUCUCGUUCCGUGUGAUCCCGGUGACAUCGACCCGCACGCAGUAGCCAGUCUCUAUAAAUCCUAUCUUCGAGAGCUACCGACCCCUAUCUUGACGAGCCUCUUCAACGAGUUUGACGAGAUCAUGACCACGUUCAACGGUUGUUCCGCACAGGACCAAGGUUACAUGAAUGCCAUUGGGGAUGCCAUGGCUGGACAGGCCAAUCUACUCAGUCUCGGCAAACGGGAUCGGGAGCUUGCUGCUACACAGGCUGAAAGAAGGCAAUCGCUGUUGAACGAGAUGCGUACUCAAAUGGGGCGGUCCUUGGCAAAGCUUCCCGAUGAAAAUUGGUGGCUUCUCGCUGAUUUGGCGCGACUUUUGGCGCUUACAGAUCAACACCGCUCGACAAACAAGAUGACCAUGCAAAACCUGCUCAUGGUGUUUUGCCCUUCACUGAAUCUCUCGCCGCCUUUCCUCCGCUACCUCGCUGAGAACCACGCCAUGCUCUUUCGCGACCCGGACGAAGCCCAACAUAACAUCAAUACUAUAAUCGUCACCUCCCCCUCAAUCGCGUCCAUGACGUCGCCUAAAUCUUCUUCGAACGACCACAACGAUACCGACAAUGACGGCCGAGCGAAGCAACCGGCACCGACUUCACCUAUAUCCAUCAAUGAGAGAGCCAAGAUUAGUAUACCCGACGCCUUUCUGAAUGAACAAGAGUCUUCGGCUGGUUCGCAGGCUACACGAUUCUCGACUCCGAUAGCAGAUAGAUUCGCUCGAGACGGCCCGGUCACGAUCCAGCUGAGAGAAAAACCUGGAGAUUCUCGUUGAGACCGGUUCUCAUGAUCGCCCGGUGAUGCCAUUCCGUCUGUAUACUAUAUCCGCAUUACUACUGCAUGGUUCGUUUACAUGCCGUAGGGUCGGGAGAGUGGGUAUAAUCACAUCUCAGAUCGAAUGCCUGCCUGCAGAACCGUACUUGCUGGCUAGAAGCGCGUAUCGUGGCAGUCUGGUCAAGCGCGCAUCCCGCGUCAUCCCGGGCAAGGACCAGCGUUUGAGUGAUGAUGAUGAUGAGUAGCUGAGUAGCGAAGCCGAGAAUGG